AUGGCAGCAGAGCCUCUAUCCGCCGACGUCGUGGCCAUGUACUCGGCCAUCAUCGACGAAAUCCUGCGCGCGAGCGACAUCAACACAAUCUCUGCGAAGCGCAUACGGAAGGGUCUACAAGAAAGAGUUGACCAUGAUCUCUCACAGCAAAAGCGCUUCGACAAGUUCAACAGCGAGCAGAAUGGCGGCUCUGAGGCCUCUGAACCCGUGCCCACGGUCGAGAAUGGCGCCAAAACCUCCAAUGGCGACACCUCGGACGUCUCAAACAACAAGCGAUCAGCCGAUGACGAGUCUGUAGUGUCCGAGGUUGAAGAUGUUGUGCCUCCGAAAAAGAAGGUCAAGAAGACCCGGGUCAAGGACGAGGAUGAUGAUGCUGCUUUCGCCGCGAGAUUACAGGCUGAGGAGAAUGCACGCAUGGGCAGAGCGACGCGGGGUGGUAAUACAAAGCGGAGAGCACCAGCGCCGAAAAAGAAGACGAAGAAGAAGAGCUCGAACCGUGUCAAGGACGAAGAUGACAGCGACAUCGGGUCGGGAAGUGGAGGGGAAAAGAAGAGUCCAAGUCGGAAAGGAGGCUUCCAUAAACCCAUGGCCCUCUCCCCAGCUCUCUCGGAACUGCUCGGCGAAACCCAGCUCUCGCGACCGCAAACAGUAAAGAAGAUAUGGGAAUACGUCAAGGCGCGCGAACUCCAAGACCCAAGCGACAAGCGCCAGAUCCGAUGCGACGAUGCCAUGCGCGCAGUCUUCAAGCAAGACCGUGUCCACAUGUUCACCAUGAACAAGAUCCUCAACCAGAAUCUGUAUGCAGUCGACGAAGUGGUAAACUAGUGCAUACCUGUUCUGGGAUGACACCUUGCACUAGGAUGUGCAUCUUGUCGACGUCACUGCGCCAUGUAACCAUCUGGAUCCAAAAUCGAUGCAUUUCUAUUACAACCCCAUA